ACAAAAAAUAGGACUCUGAUCUCGCCAAUCUGCAGCCACUCCAUACGAUAACGAAGCUAAGUGAUUUAGUUCAACAAAUUGGUAUUUCGAAAACUUUCCACGCUGAUAUUGGCUGAACUGGCACAGUAAAUAUUUGCACACCUUGCGACGGCAAAGUUAAUAACUCAGCACAGUUGCAUGAGGUUAUAAGCACUAGAUUUUGUGCGUUAGCUUGGAAUUCAUACGCACAUACAUGGAUGGUUAGAGACAAGCGAACAGGUUUAAUGUCUAAAGCUUGGAAAAUAAAAAUAAGUACAUAAUAAAAAUGCUCUUAAAGAUCAGGCAUGCACUACUGGAGAUCAGCAAUCAUCCAGUGACGAAGCAGUCCGCAAUCAUUAUCAACAAUGAGAUCAUCAUAACAUCGGGUUGCAUAUUGCAGCCGUAUGUACGUCCAGUGGCACCUUUUCAAACGCAGACCGAUAAAGAAGAUAUCUGCCCCAACACAAAAAUUAUACAUAAAUUACAACAAUGCAAGCUAAUUAAUGUGCAAGAAGGUGGUAGCGAUGAGGCAAAACAUUUAAGUGCGCUAAACUAUCAGGUGACAUUCGAUAGACGCAAAUUACCCAUGCCGAAUGCGCGGCGGAAGCAGCCACAUAUUCUCACAAGAUAUUGCGCCAAGUUAUUGUAUCUCUUCAACUCGGCGGAGAUUUCGCGACAUGUGUUGCGCUUCCUGAACAACGAUCGGACAGAUAGGGCAUCCGAAACGCAUAAUGCCGUACUGCUUUCUAGUUUUCUUGUGUUAAGCAUGCGCUGUGACGGUGCUAAAGAGAAUUUCGAACGUUUUCUACGACAUAUUGCACACUAUCUACGUUAUUUGCAGCCAAUACAUACACUGGACGAUGUGCUGGUAAUGUGCACACCAUUCGGCCUGGAAAACUUCUACAAGACAAUCAGUAUUGGCAAAGUUUCCAAUGUUAUGGGCCGCGAUGGGUGUCUCUUUGUGCUGUCCAAUGCUUUGGCGCUGGGUUGUGAGGGUGCGGCAGUCUUCAAUAACAAAUUGCGUUUAAUAGGCAUGAUCAUGUGCACAUCCUUUCAGCGACAGCAGGAAAAUGUCAAUUUGACGCUGGCGGCCAACUUUGCGUACUUGCUGCGCGAUUUCAUGCAGCAACUAGGUUUAAACAUAACUUCAAUGCGCGUACCCAGAGAUUCAUCAAAUUUUCCAUGGGAGCGUGCUAUGGUUGUAAUUGAAGCAGCCGGGAGUCAAGGUACUGGCACAUUUAUUAAAGUAUUGAACAAAAAGUUUAUACUCACUUGCACACACGUUGUUUUCAAGUUAAACUCGAAGGCAGUGUGUCGCAGCGUGGACGGUGAGUUCGAAUCGGAAGUGCUGUGGCGUAAUCCGCAAUACGAUCAACCCUUUGAUGUCGCUUUGUUAGCCGCACCUGAUAACAUUCCCGAGCGUUACUGUGUACGCUUGUCCGGUGCUAAACCGUCAUUGGGUCAGACAAUUUAUAAUGCUGGAUUUCCGUAUUUCGUCAACUUUAAUUUGAAAUAUGAUUUCAAUCCAGCCAUAUUUCAAGGGCGUAUAAUUAAAUGCUCACCGGGCGCUAUUAUGUCGGAUGGUUGCGUACAGGCUGGCCAGAGCGGUGGUCCGAUGUUCGAUGAACAAGGCUCUAUACUGGGUAUCUGUGUGUCAAAUAUAAAAGUUGGAAAUGUGGUUUACCCCAAUUUAAACACCGCCGUGCCUAUUUGUCAGAUACGUACAUGGUUGGAACAAUAUGCGCGUACCAAUGAUAUACAAGUGCUUAGUAAUUUGGUAGCUAAUAAGGAAAUGCAGCGCAUAUGGGCGUUGGAAGCGCCGCCAAUACUUAGUAAAUUGUAGCCGUCACGCUAACAUUACAAUGUAUUUUUAUUGUAGGAUAAUCGGAUACCGACCCAUUUGGACUUAAUUACUAUUAAAUUGCGUUUUGUAAAUAUAUAUUUAGUUUAUAACGAAAAAUCGCGUACCUGUCACACUUUGAAAAGUAUAUAAUACAGGCUUCAAUCAAAACAAACAAAAAUAAAAAAAACAUACCUAUUUCAUUUGGUAAGUUUGAAUGAACAUUGUAA